AAGCAAAAAAGGGACCAGCAAUGUGAUACUGGUAACCGACACAAGAGCAGUGAAAGAGAUGCUCAAAAACGGAAGCAAAAAGUGUCAAAAAAGAGUGAAAUUCAAUCGUCUUCAAUAUGCGGUGAAGAUGAAACGGUAAGUUACAGAGGAAAAGCUGGCAAGUCACAAACAGAAAAAGAAAUGCAUAGCAAGGAAGCUGAUCGUCAAAAAAGAAAAGCUACGACUGAAAGAGCUCAUGUAGCAGAAGAGCAGUAUUCACAAGAGGAACGUCAUACCCAUAAAGUAAGAAAUAAGCAAGAGCUGGAUUCAGAUGAGGAGGUAAGUGAAUCGUCCACAAAUUAAAUCGUGUACCAGUGAAACUGUGAUAAAAAGGACUCAACGAAAAGUCAAAAUUAAAAAGAAGCAUUCUGAACCAGAAAGGGAAUACAAGAGAGAUAUGAAACAAGAAGGAAAAGCCGAACAUGAAGCAAAAAGUGGAAGUAAAGUCCAACUAAAAGGAAAGGAAAGAAGUAGUCAUGUACGCAAAGAAUUAUCAGAACAAAGAGCACAAAAAGAAGUGCCAAAAGAGGGUAAAAUUAAAACAUAUGCACUGUGCAGUGAAGAUGAAAUGGUAAGUUCCGAGGAAAAGCUGGCAAAUCACUAAAAACAGAAGAAACAGAACAAAUCCAUAGCGAGGAAGUGGAACAUCACAAAAGAAAGGCUACUGCUAAAAUGAUGAAGCAGAAAGAAAGAGCUCUUGUAGUAGAUGAGCAGUAUUCAGAUGAAGAAGUAAAAGAAAAACCUACUCUAAAACACAAGAGACUGAAACAGGUGCAAACAAAGUCAAAAACGAAAGAGAAAUCUUAUUCUG